UGGCGGCCUAUUUUGUAGUAUUUAGGUGGUAUUGUAUAGUAAACCUUGCCUGUAUAUAAACCGAUCAUGGGACAACUGAUAGUAUUGAUGACUUGAAAUAUUGAUCAAUUUGUAAUUAUUACAAGUAAAGUUUUUUCAUUAUAUGGACUAAACAUUGAAUGGGAAAACAAGCGAAUAAGUGUACUUUUGAUUGGCUGGCAGUCAGUGGUUUUGCAUUUCUUGUAUGUCAGCAUUUACAAGACUAAAUUCGGUUAUCGGAGUAAUAUUGCAGUGCAGCCGGUUUUUUGCGGAACUUUGUUGUUUACACGAUAUCAAUGUCAGUGUGUCACGUGCACAUUGUACAAGCUGUAAAAUUGUUUCAUAUAUAUUAAUUACAUUGAGAACAAACAGUCACAUUUUGAAUGGAGUUUAACUUGAAUUGUUCAAUAGUCUAUCUGAUCAUGGAUAUACAUGUACAUGUCGGUUAUCAGUGAGUGUGAAGAUCGAACUGUAUAUAACAGUUUCCAAUACAGUGUCGCGCGCGUUCUUAAACUGUCAGCCAGGAAGAGCUUUACAUUUGAAUAAAUACUUGACGAGAAGUGACAUUGAAAAGCAGUUUAUUCUCACGACAUUCUGGAGUUACCACAUAUAUUUAAAUUACAAUCGUUAUCUCAUUCAACUGCUUCCGCAUUCGUUACAGCAUACACACGUGGAUUCUGUCAUAUUUUGUACGCAUCAACUUGUGGUUUCACUCGGUGCAGACACAUCAGUGAUUUAAACACCAGCAUUGUUUGACUCAGUGAUCAGUUGUGUUUUAUCCGUCAAGGUGACAACCGGAGCCCAGCAACGAUUUAUCGCGAUACCUUCGACCUCAGUUGGGACUUUCCUAGCGAGGGGCUGGAAUGAUCUACAAGGUUCUGUCACACGAUGAGGUCGAGGAGCUGAACAACGAGUUGAGGAGUCGCCUUCCCGGCACCGCCAAGAUCUUCUACGUGAUCCGGAGCUGGCUGGCUGGACUGCUACCAGGGAAGGAGGUGAUUGUGGAUGCGUGGCCCGAGUGGACCUCCAUAGUUCUCCGGACAGCCGACGCAAACAAGGUGCAGCCAUUCUUCCGCCACACGUACAUGUGCCACGCGCGGUCAGCCUCGGCCCUCAAGUACUUCCUGCAGCGACCGGAUGUCGUCGACUGGCGAAAACCAGCCACGUUCACAGGUGUUCCACGUGACGUCGCUCCGGUGAUUUCGACCAUGACUGUGAAGCACCGGGGACGAGUUACCUCCCUGGAACCUCGCUUCAUGUACGCUUGGACCAAGACAGAGUUACCGGCCAUACCAGAGAUUCCGGAAGGUCUGUACCUUGGUAAGCUGCGAGUGGAGGACGCGACAGUACUUCGACGAGACUGGGAAGGCCACCGGUACCGCGAGGACAUGGAGGGCUACUUCCGGACCGUCAUCGAAAGUUUUGACAGCAGCUGUCUCCGGGACGCUUCAGGGGAGCUUCAGGCGUACGCCUGCAUGCAAUUCAAUGGCUCCAUAGCCAUGUUGUACGUAAAGCCGGAUCACAGGGACGAGGAUUACUUCAAAAUCGUCCUUUCCGACCUUGCACGCAAACGCCUUGAGAACGGCGAGGUGGCGUACGGCUUCAUUCCGACAAACGACUCUGAUCUGGUGGACCAGAUGCGGUCUAUUGAUUUUGUGUGGGUUCCGCGGGGGGACAUGGUUUGGAUGCAUUUCGAGCCACUCCAGGUCAAUAGAACAAACGAUGCGUCGAUGAUGACGUCUACUGCUCAAAAUGGGAAUGAAUCAGUCUCCUUUGACUGCGUCUGUUCCGACCAUGCCAAGCGCUCAACCCAGAAAUCUUUUAGCCACUGUCGACAGGAACACGACGGAAGUUUUCUUCCGACGGCGCAGGCGUCUUCGGAGAACAUCGGUAAUUUGAAAGAUUCGCACUUGACGUUAGUCUCCGUCUCGCCGACGUCAUGAUGUCGAUACGUUACGGGAGGUGUAUACGCGAUUAUGGUACUAACACGGAACAAACCAAUGUACAGGCACCCUGUAUAUGAUUUUGAAUUGUCAUGCAAUGUUCAUUCAUAUCAUGCAGGUUUCUUACUUCGCUUAAUGUACAUGUCCACUGUAUCGAUGGUUAUGCUGGGCUAGAUUAGUUCGCCACACGUUUAGUUUGUAAGUAAAGACAAAAUGGACAAAAACUACUUGCCACAGAUUGUUCAACUUUACCGCAGUAUCUUUCAGACGCCAUGUAAAACAUUCAUGUUAUGAGAUAAAUGGCAAACAUUGCGCUUUAGCUCGUCUGAAAGUCAGGCUUUUAUCAUAGCCUUGGUGUCGUCAUCGGCGGUAUCAUGUAAAAUCCUUCAACGUCAGCCUUAACUCAAAUCCGGUUUGUUAUAUCCGAAUAAAGGACUAUAUACAAACGUGUGUGUAACAAAGCCCAUAACAAUGGCUUCAAUAAUUGUUCGGGGAUUCCCCUUAAUCGACCCCCCCCCCCCAAAAAAAAAAACGGACUGGCGUAGUCAAGCGCUUCAUGUACUCUUGUUUUCAUGCGUUGUAUGAUCGGCUCGAAUAUAUUUUGUUUCCGAUUUGUUAAUGUAUACUUACCAUAAUUUUGUGUUAUUUUUUUCAGAAGGCCUUUUUUUCUGUUUUGUCUUUUGAUAAUUAACAUUAUUUCUGCCUAAAUACAUGUAUAAUGGCAGAGAGGCCAUUUUACCAACGAUCGUAAAUACAUGUACAAUCGAAACUAGUUGGCUCGAUCUCGCUUGGCUCGAAUUCCUCUUUGGUUCGAUAUUGAACCGUUUUCUAUAUACUGAAGGUAAGCGUUUCGCUUGGCUCGAGUUUUUCGAGGCUCGAUAUAUUUUCGCCGGUCCCUGAGAAUUCGAGCAAAAGGGGUUCGACUGUAUGACAGCGAGGCUUACCAGCGAUAGUACGACGGAAUAUAAGACUCGGAAAAUCCGCUUAAUAUCACAACAGAAUAAUAAUUGUAACCUAACAAAUCUGGUGAACAUUGCGAGUCUAACUAUGUAUUUCAAAAUAUGUCUCAUUACGACGAUGAAUAAACUUUUUUGAAAAUUCAAACGUACGACAUGAUCGUUGAUAAAAAACCCCCUCUAGAGGUCGCUUAACUCGACACGUUAAUUUACACGAGCGUUGUUGCCUGUGUGUGUGUUGUUUCUUCAACAACAUUAUGUACAUGCACUGUUAUUUAUUACAAAUAAAUCGAUAAAUCGUUGAUCAAA